ACAGUUGAUAUCAUUUCAGCGGCUCGUUAUUUUCAUCGCGAAAACCCUCAUCGAUCCUGCUGAGGAGAAACGAAUCAAGUCACUUUUCUUUGAUUUGCAGAGAAACAAAGAUCCAAAAGGGAUCUAAAAUCAAUAAAAAAAAUGGGUGAAAAUAAAGAGAUUGAAACUCAAUAUGAUCUGAAUGCAAAGUGGGAUGCUUGUUUGGAUUUGGGUGUUCGUCGGUUCGUUUACUCUUCCGCUGCUGGUGCCUUUGCGGGUCUUCUUUUGUUCCGCUCUCCUGUUACACGGUGGGCAUCGAUUGCUUUUGGUGCUGGAGUGGGUAUUGGAUCUGCGUACUCAGAUUGCUCUCAGAAAUUUGACGGGUCAAGUCAAACUUCUUCCAGUGUUGCUGAGAUACCAGUUGCUAAGGACUAAAAAAGGAGUUGAGGAUUCAUGUAGAAGUGUUGAUGUUGAAUGCUCCAAGAGUCAACUGAAAUGGAUUUUGAUUGUGUGAAUUAGAAGAGUAAUAAUAGCGGCAAUGUCGUCUUGUUACAUUUAUUUACAUACAUAUGAUGUACACUUAAAAUGGUUUUGGCUUUUUGAAGUCAACAUGUUGUGUUUAAUCUGAUGUUUGGUAUA